AUGAAACAUACAUCAGAGUCAUUCCAAAGAAUCAUAAAGACAGCAUUAGAUAAUGGAAUUAUGCAACAAUUAGUUAGUAUAAUUUUGUAUGACUCAGACAAAUGUAAAGAGAGAGUUCUAAAGAUGGUACUGGUAUGGUGCAAGAAAUGUGAUUCAUUGUGGUUAUCAAUGAACUCUUUUGUAUUGGCAAUAUUCAGUUAUUUAAAAGAAGCUUCAAAUGAUAUUCUUAUUGAAAUGAUAUAUUUUCUUAAGGAAUUAUUCCUGUUUGAACAAUACUUACCAUCGUAUUUAAAAUUACUUAAAGAAAAUAUUGACGCACUUCAAUUUCUCAUUGCUUCUAUUCGUUCAAAAUAUCUGAAAAUUCAAGAACUUUCAUUGGAAUUUGUACAUCAAAUAUGCUUGUUAAAUGAUUGUCAGUUGAUGGAACUUGCAAUCGACAAUGGAAUGGUAGAGAAUGUAGUUGACAGUUUAACAAAUGAAUGGAUUAAGAAUGAUGGAAGAAUGGUAAGUAUAGUAUUAGAAAGUGUUUUGAAUAGUUUCAAGUGUAGUUUAGAGAGACAUAAAGGGAUAAGUGAGGGGAUUGAAAAUCGAAAUGGAUGGAUGAACAUAGGAAUGGUUGAUGGUAAGAGUCAAAAGACGAAAGAGAUAGUUGAAAAGAUUAAAGGGAUGAUAGAAGAAGAAAGACGAGGGGAAGAGAUGGAGAUGUGUGAGAUUUAA